CUCCCUCAACGAUGUCUUCCAAGUUUCCAAAUUCCAAGGACACUCUUAUCUUCUGCAACCCCCAUGAAAGCUUCUUAAUUUUCUCUCUCUAAAAUCCGAUUCCCUUCUCUCUCCUCAAAAAGUCCUCGCACCUGACCAUGCCCCUUCCGAAAUCCCUAUUCACUUUCCUCUCCCGCAAUUUCUCUUCCUCCUCUUACGCCGCCGCCGCCGCCGCCAGGAAGCUUCCAGUAAUCCGAGGAACCAACAACAUUCACCCCAUUCACAAGCUCAGAGCUCUCAAGGAAGCUCAGAAAGCCCUAACCGACUAUCUCCACGACACCAGAGGCUUGCCUUUCAUCUUCGCCGAGCAAAUUGCCGCCAAUUCUUUCUUCGCCCUCUCCGACCUCAUUCGCAAGAUUCGCUUCUCCGCUUUCACCUUCUCCGAAAGCUUCGAAAGCCUCCUCAGGUAUCACCCCGUUAACGAAUUUGAAUUUUUCCUCGAAAGCAUUGGCAUAGAUCGUCAAGAUGUUCAUUUGUUUUUGCCAAAGAACACGUUUUUCUUUUCCGAGGAUUCAAAUGUUCUAGAUGCUUCUUUAGAGCUUAUUCAGUUUGGAUUUCCGUGGAAUAAGUUGGGGGUUUUGUAUAGAGAGGAAGUUUCGAUUUUUAGCAUGUCUGGUGAUGAGUUAACUGAUAGGCUUAAUGGAUUUAAAGAAAGGUUUGGUUAUGAUAAUCUUUGUGUGGUUGGUGUAUGCUUGGCUUUCCCUUACUUGUUGAGUGUGGAAGGCCAAUCGGGUGGUUGUAUCGAGGCGGUUUUUGAGGACUUGGAAAUGGUUUUUCAGAAUUUUGAAUUGGCGAGAAGUUGUGUGGAGGAAAAUGUGGAUACUUGGUAUGAGCUUUGUAGGAAAGUUAGGGUGUUUUAUGAUUUGGGUUGCAAGAAGGGGAAGGUAGGAGAACUAAUGUGUAAGAGGAAAGAACUUAUUUUUCCAAGUACCCUCAUGUGUUGGGGAGAAACAAAAUGGAAAAUUUACCUCAUGUAAUGAAGGCUUUGGAUCUGCAUGAAUGGUGCUUCGACAAGAUUAGGAGUUCAAAUGGUCAGAUAUUGGCAAUGUAUUCCAUUGGUUGCCAUG